CAUAUCAUUUCCCUCUUUCUCUCCUCUACCCACACUCCCACAAAUACCCAAAAUGGCUACCAACGGUAACGGUCCCGCUGCUGCUCUCGCCCCCGGCCACUUCCUCUUCACCUCCGAGUCUGUCGGUGAGGGUCACCCCGACAAGAUCUGUGACCAGGUCUCCGACGCUAUCCUCGAUGCUUGUCUUGCUGAAGACCCCUUCUCCAAGGUCGCCUGUGAGACCGCUGCUAAGACCGGUAUGAUCAUGGUCUUCGGUGAGAUCACCACCAGGGCCAAGCUCGACUACCAGAAGAUCAUCCGAGACACCAUCAAGCAGAUCGGUUACGACUCUUCUGAGAAGGGUUUCGACUACAAGACCUGUAACGUCCUUGUUGCCAUUGAGCAGCAGUCUCCCGAUAUCGCUCAGGGUCUCGAGCACGGUGGUCUUGACGCCAUUGGUGCUGGUGACCAGGGUAUCAUGUUCGGCUACGCUUCCGACGAGACCCCCGAGAUGAUGCCCCUUACCAUCAUGCUCGCCCACAAGCUUAACGCCGCUUUGGCCGCUGCCCGACGAGACGGUACUUUGGGCUGGCUCCGACCCGACUGCAAGACCCAGGUCACCAUCGAGUACAAGAAGGGCGAGGACGGAGCUAUGGUUCCCCUCCGAGUCGACACCGUCGUCAUCUCUACUCAGCACGCUGAGGAGAUCUCUACCGAGGACCUCCGAAAGGAAAUCCUUGAGAAGAUCAUCAAGAAGGUCAUCCCCGCCAACCUCCUCGACGACAAGGUUGUCUACCACAUCCAGCCCUCUGGCCGAUUCGUUAUCGGUGGUCCCCAGGGUGACGCCGGUCUUACUGGCCGAAAAAUCAUUGUCGACACCUAUGGUGGUUGGGGUGCCCACGGUGGUGGUGCCUUCUCCGGUAAGGACUGGUCCAAGGUCGACCGAUCUGCCGCCUACACUGCUCGAUGGAUCGCCAAGUCCCUCGUCGCCGCUGGUCUUGCCCGACGAGCUCUUGUCCAGCUCUCCUACGCCAUCGGUGUCGCUGAGCCCCUCUCCAUCUUUGUCGACUCUUACGGAAGCAGCAAGAAGACCGACGCCGAGUUGGUUGAGAUCGUCAGGCAGAACUUCGACCUCCGACCCGGACUCAUCGUCCAGGCCCUCAACCUCCAAAAGCCCCAGUACCUCAAGACUGCCGCUUACGGUCACUUCGGUAACCCCACCUACUCUUGGGAGCAGCCCAAGCAGCUUACCCUCUAAGCUGUUUGUCCGUCUCUCCAAGGCUAGCGUUUGUGGUUUCUUUCCCUCCUUCUCUGUAAUUCGGGGCAUCUGUUAGUCCGGACCCUGGCGCGAGUUCCUCCUCGCACUCGAACAUUUUCAAUCGCAUCUUUGUCUAUAGACAGCACGACCUAACCCUCCACGAACCUCCUUCCACAUGAUAUAAAUAGCAUCCUAUAUACCCGAACACCAUUUAGUUCUCUUUCAUUUUUCGCACUUGUCUUUUGGGUUAUCUUCGAAAGGCGAGUUUGAGGUUGUAUAUUCCCUCACCUCUGUUCAUGUUCCUUUCUGGGUUUUCAGAGUCGGGUUCGAACAAGAAGUAAUAGAAGUAAAAACAUAUAGAUUAGUAUAGGGGUUGCGGGAACCUUUCCGGUACUUUUAUGCAAUGCGCUCAACCGCCA